AUGGAAACACAGAUGCAGAUACCGGAGCAGCAACAAUCACAGAUGCUGCGCAUGAAGAAAUCAGGAAUUAUUAGUUUCAGUGACAGCCCAAUGAAUGAAGACAAGGAGGAGGAGAUGACAAAGUCAGCUCUUUCUGUGUUUCGGGCUAAGGAAGAAGAGAUCGAGAGGAAGAAGAUGGAAGUCAGGGACAAGGUUCAGGCUCAGUUGGGCCGCGUGGAAGAAGAAACCAAGAAGUUGGCUGAGAUUCGCGAGGAGCUUGAAGCUCUUGCAGAUCCAAUGAGGAAGGAAGUUUCAAUUGUACGAAAGAAGAUCGAUGUGGUCAAUCGAGAGUUAAAGCCAUUGGGACAGACCUGCCAGAAGAAGGAAAAGGAAUACAAAGAAGCCCUUGAAGCUUUGAAUGAGAAGAACAAGGAAAAAACUCAACUGCUAACCAGAUUGAUGGAGUUGGUGAGCGAAAGUGAGAAAGUAAGGAUGAAGAAGCUGGAGGAGCUGAGCAAGAACAUAGAUUCCCUUGUCUAAAAUGAUACCAUUUGUCUUAGGCACUGUUAUUAGUAUCUUUCUCUUGAAUUGUGUUAAAGUUUGUGGUUUACAUUUGUGUAAUUAACUAAAUACCUUUGGCGUAGUAAUGUUGUUACUUAUGACCUGGACGUCACCGGAUAAAAUCCCGGGAAUAGUACACAUAACAUAUGACAUUUCCAAACUUUGCAGAGAUGGACGUCUUUUUUUCUUUUAUUAUUUUUUUUCUUUCAAAUUUGUGUUUGUCAGUGGCUUUUCAUGGAGGUUCUAUGGUUUAGGAAUGAUAGGGCCUCCAACCAGGAUUGUUGGUUAACACUCUUG